AUGGGACGCAUAGCUUUCAUCGCCGGCAUAUGUCUAUCAGCUGCGGCCCUGGUCCAAGCCGUUCCGUUCUCCCCAAAACUGCAUAAGAACACGGCUCUCGUUCUGAUCGACAUCCAGAAUGAUUUCAUCACCGGUUCACUAAACAACGCACGCGCUCCCGUCAUCUUACCAAAGGUCUAUCAGCUUCUGGACGACCACGAAUGGCCCUUUAUCGUCGCGUCGCAGGACUGGCAUCCUAUAGGGCACGUUUCCUUCGCCUCCGCUCAUGCUGGGAAGCAGCCACUUGACACCGUAAAUAUCACAUUCCUCGAUACGCCCACGAAAAUGGAACAGCAGACGGUUUACGCCGACCACUGCGUGCCUGGCACAUGGGGCGCAGGGAUUGAAGAGGGUGUCCAGACACGCUUGUAUUAUCUCGAGGGUUAUCGCACACCGGUUAAUUACAUCAAGAAAGCGCAGGACCAUUCUGUCGACUCGUACUCGGCCUUCGCGGACAAUCAGUAUCACCGUUUUACGACACUGAAUUCGGAAUUGACCCUUCAUCGCGUAGACACGAUCCUUGUGACAGGACUUAUCACCAAUGCCUGUGUGCGUGGAACGUGCAUCGAUGGGAUCAAAUUGGGAUAUGAGGUAAUCCUUAUCGAAGAUGCGACAGAGACACUAUCAGAUGAGAUCAAGGCGAGCACGAUUGAAGAGUUGGAGGGGUGGGGUGUCCAAGUGAUGAAUCUUACUCAAUGGGAGUCUACAAAUCCCACCAGAUUGCAGAGGCGAGCGCUCAAAGAGCUUUGA